AUGGUGGCUAUCACAGCUGGGAUCUCCCAGUCCCGUUUGUCAGAAGUGCUUUCUGAGGCCCUAAAUGCCAUGUUGCGCCGGAUGGCAAGGUUUAUUAGGUUUCCUCACACUCAGAACUCCUUGAAUGAGACCAAACAAGGCUUCUUUGCGGUAGCUGGAUUCCCCAGAGUUAUAGGAGCAAUUGACUGCACCCAUGUGCAGCUUGUGCCCCCCGCAGACACCAAGCAUGUGUACAGAAAUCGAAAACACACGCAUUCAUUGAAUGUGCAGUGCGUUUGUGAUGCCAAAGGCAUCAUAACCAACAUUGUGGCCAAAUAUCCCGGGUCAGUACACGACUCCUAUAUUCUGAGAAACAGUGCUCUGUUUUCCAAGUUGAGAGAUGGCGAGUUUGGAGAUGGCUGGCUUGUAGGUGAUAGUGCAUACCACCUACACCCCUUCCUCCUGACACCUGUUCUCAACCCGACCACUGCCGCAGAGAACAGGUACAACGAGGCCCAUAUACGCACACGGAAUGUCGUGGAGCGCACCUUCGGAAUCCUGAAGAGCAGGUUCCGUUGUCUGGACCGCACUGGAGGAGCACUGUUGUACAGGCCAGAAAAAGUGGCCCAGAUUGUGGUGACCUGCUGCAUGCUCCAUAACAUCGCCAAGCUACACGGACUGGAGCAUGAUGCCAUGCCGGAAGACAACGUCGGCCUGUCCGUCCGUAUGGAGCAACAACCGAAUGCUGCGGGGACGCAGACACGCACCAGUCUCAUUCAGAGUCACUUCUUGUGA